CAGAAGGCGGUCUGAAGGCGUGAUAGAGGUUGAAGGUGGUAGAGCCGCGGCUGCCGGCGGAUAUGGCUGCGAAAUCCAUGGCUAGUUUGUGUUCAGUCUGGACUCUGAAAGCGUCUGAUAUUAUUGUAGUGACAGAACGAGUUCUUAACCCUAGCUUCGCGAUGGCUAUGGAGGCGCAAGGGACAAUCGAUGAUCGGUGAACGAGAUGGCAUCACGAGGGAUAAUUGGUGGUAAUCUCUUCUACGGUCAGUUUCUGUGAGUUUGAUUUUGAUGUUUCGGUCCAAAGGUUUACUUUCUUCUUCGGGCGUUGGUUCCGUGUGUUUGUCCGGUUCGAUUUGGCCGAGAUCGUUUUGUUGUGCUUUUGUUAUGAUCAAUAGGUUUUUGGAACUCCCUGUUGUUGCGAUUAGAGUGAUUUCAUUUUUGAGUUUGCUUCAUUACUUUGGUGUUUCCUCAUUUGCUUUGCGUCGGUGACUCUUGAUUUGUGUUGCAGUGGAUAUGAUCUAGAAGAAUGUUAAUAUGUUAUCACUUGCUGAGGAAGAAAACAGGGGGCUUAUGAUUGCGGCUGACCCGAUAAAGUACGAGGGUGAGAUUACAGAGGGGUUCAAUCUAGCGGCGGUGGCCAGAGUGGUAUCUGAUAAACCCACUCGUGUUGUUUCUUGAUGUCAAACUAUGGCUAUGGUUGCCUGGUUGGGCGACAAGUGAAAGGGGUCUCUAUUGAUGAAAUCGAGGAUUCAAAAUUCUUGUUACAAUUUUAUCAUGAAGGAGACCUGAACAGAGUUGUUGAUGAAGGGUCUUGGUCCUUUGAGCAGAAUCUUGUGGUUAUCAAAUGGUUGGGGCAUACUGAUAAGCAUGUGGAGGUUACACUGGACCAUGCAGACUUUUGGGUUCAGGUACAUGAUCUAUCGUUAAGUUACAUGAUGGCAAAGGUAGCACAUGGCAUAACCAAUAACAUCGAUCAUUUGUGCAAAUGGAUGAGAGCUCUCCUGGUGGAAAGCAAAGGCCGGUUAUGCGCAUAAGGGUCACUUUGAACAUUACCAUGGCUUUAACCCGACGUUUACAGGUUAGACAGGAGGGGGAACACUGGACUUUGGCAAACUUUCGAUAUGAGAGGCUCCCGAACUUUUGAUUUCUGUGUGGGAUCCUUGGUUAUGCUGACCGAUUUUGUCCCUCUAACCCGCAUAGCGGUUUUAGGGAUCGUGGAAAAACCUUAUGGGUCAUGGCUUCGAGCCGAUAUGAGGCGGUGAGGAGUGCACACGGGAAACAGGUGGCUUAUUCCUAGCAAUAACAAACAGGGUGACAGACAGGAAGAAAAAGUAGAGUCUAACAAAGAGACAAGAGAACAGGAGAGAUAUUUGAUGGAGGGGCUCUUGUCAAAGGGUAAGGAGAUCACUUCAAUCGGGGAUGCGCCCAGAAAGUGUAGGAUCACUGAGAAGGAUAACGAGGUGGGGACACAGCCGAGCAUGGACGCAGAUGAAGAAUCUUCAAAAAACUUGGAAGUGGCGGUGUUGCCCGGAUAGCACCACCAGUAACAGGACAGUGCGAGGAUAAGAAGGAUGUUCCUUUAGUGGAGCAGGUGUAGCAUUGUCAUGUAUGGUAUCUACCAAGUUGCGGGGUUAGCAAGAUGGUCCCUAGUAAGCGUGAAUCCAGCUCUGAGUCUCACCCCCAGUGUGGCCUUUGUUAUGGUGAAUUUGUAUCUGGUCCUCAGUUUUAUUAACAUUUAAGUUAUUUGUGCUAAAAACAAUCUUUACCAAAUUGAUA